ACAAUUUUGCUCACGAAAUUACGAAAUCAAUUCUUUUUUAAAUUUUUCUUUUUUCAGUGCCAGUUUUCAGCUUACUCAGCCUUACUGGGUCUUCUCUAAUGCACUCUUCCCUUUUCCGAGAUUUUCUGAGCUUGGGUGAAAGUUCAACUCAUGCGUUGCUGUUUAAACUUGAAAUCGUCUGCAUAUUGUGAUGAUGCACGCAACAGUUAGACGACUUGCAUCGUGGUGUGUUUUCUGGGACGAACGAUAUUUCUGCCGAACGCUAUCGCUUGACAUCGAGCGAUGUACCUUCUCUACGCGAUCCUUUGGUGCGUCUGGUACCCGUGAGGAUGGCACUCCUGUUCCUGCAGAUGCGAAGAAACCGGAUGCCGCGGCCUCCAUUGACGAGUAUCUGAAAUCCGUCCAUCUCAAGCACAAAAUCCGCAAUGAUUUCGCGAUGAAACACGAGUACAAUCGUCUGCGGCGCAUGAGUCGGAGCUUGACGCCUGUGCAGCCCAUCGCGGAGCCAUCCUUCCUCUCAUCACGAAUCCAGGGAAAAGCCGAAUCCAGGCAUUCUCCACAAAAUUACCUUGAUCCGGACGCCAUGCUGUCCAAACUGGAGACGGCAGAUCGCGAAGGGAAAGCGCUGCCAAUCAUGGAUCUUGUCAAAUACGCUUCCACCUGCGCACAACACGGACGCGUUGAAGGAGUAGAACUCUGCCAGAAAAUCAUGGCGGAGCAUAAUGAAGAGGAGUUUGAGAAACAGAUGAAGCUGCAGCACUACCUGGGCAGUGCGCUAUGGAUGGCCGGGCGAUUUCGGGACUCGGUGGACGUCUUCCAGAACGUUUUUCGUGAUUAUCCACUCGGGCGACCGAAGAUCAUUAAUCUCUUCCGUUUCAGUAUUUAUCGCGCUGUAAACACCUAUCCUUGUCCGGAAGAACUCGAUUUUCUCAACGAAUUUGUUGACUACGCCGCGGAGUUCAAGGAAUCGCAGGUCAUGGCAUCCACUCUUAGCCGAAAUCUGAUGCGACAAGCCCAGGCAGCAAAGCUUGCCGCUGGAGCUGGUGCGCGACACGGCUGUUUUCUUUCCCCAUCCUGGGGCAGUCGGGGCCUCGUGAGGACCCGCCUUCCUGCUGUAUCCACUCCCCAGCGUCACUCUAUCCGAGCCAUGUCGGUGACGGUUACUCCGGCAGUACGUUCUUUCCUGGACGAUUUGGCCGAGAUCGUUGAGAAAAUGCGAGUCUUCCGCAGCAGUCUUACCUUGCCAGCAUCAAACGCGGACACUGCGGACGACAACACCCACUCGUUCCUCGUCGAAGAGGUGAUCGCUGCACUGAUGCGAGGAAGGUACGAGCAUGUGCGCCAUGAACUGGCCCGUUUGUGCGACGCGGCCGUCGACCUCUCCCCGCGCCAGCGCCUGCAUCUGGCAUCGGCGUGCCUGCCUGUACUGAUGGAGCGGCGCUCCCGUCUGAAGGUGCUGUCAGCGACGCUGGCUGCCCCGGGGAGCUGUCGGACAGUGCGCUGUACGCGCUGCACGCCUGCCUGGAUGCUGACCGAGGAAUUGUUCUGGAUGUAACUGGCGGACUGAGUUGUCUCCUGCAGCACGCUGUUCCCGUGCAGUCGCAAUCUGCCCUGAAAAGCGCCCUGACUCCGCUGGGUGGCCUGCUGUUGAUGGAAACACAUGGCAAAGAUACAAUGUGGAAGUUUUUGUCAGUGCUGGAUGUGAUGAUUUCUACGGUGCAGCAUUUGAUUAAAGAAUUCGAUGCAGAAUCUGUGGAAUUGCGGG